GUACGCCCUGAACAGUGAGUUAGCAUCAUCUCAAAGAGAAGCAUGCACGCACAAUGUGGUCGUUAGAUGUAUGGUUGGGAUUUUGAUCUGUGGAAAAUGAGUUGGAUGCUCUCCGUCUGGGUGGCGACGGCCCUGCUGGCUCUCUCUCGGGGACAAAACACUGUGAACAAAGGGAAUAGCCUGUCUGCGUCAGGCUACCAUCUAUGUGUUCACAAUGAGACAAGGAAUGUGAGUUUCCUGGUGAUGCACGCUGUCCCCUACACCGUGAUGAAGCCUUGCGGCGGCUGGCUCCACUGGAAGACGUGUACGGUCACACUUUACAGGAUGACCCAUCAGACUGAGCGGAAGACGGUGAUGGAGCAGGUGAUCGGAUGCUGCAGUGGCUAUGAACAAGUCGGCCGUUACUGCGCCCGGCCUGUAAACAGGAGUGAUGAGCUCACUGCCAAGCCAGGAUCCUGUUCAACUGCAGAUGGACUGUGUCCCAGAUCUGAGGACUGCGAAUGGGACAUGGACUGCCCGGGCUGGCAAAAAUGCUGCCGCUUUCUCUGCACUGAUCCUACAAGCUCUGCAAAUUAUUCUGAGACUGGAGGAAACCAAUUUAAUGCAACAGUGACAGUGAAGACAGAUUACCUGCAACUGAUGUCCAGCGAAAGAGGACUUCUGAACCACACGCGAUUGCUACAAGCAAUGGUGACUGGAGCUCUGCAGUCUGAUGUUUCCGUUUAUUACCUCAGCUCACAGCCCGUGCAUCCCUACAGAAGCGCCACCUCGCUGCUGAUUGGCUGCAACUUUGCUCUUUCGCUUCACAAUGUCACGUCAAAGCUGCACCAUCUCCUCAAACACAUACAGGAGGUGACAUCUGUAACCGUGGAAGAUGUAGAUGAGUGUGCUCAGUCUGCUCUCCGUCAGUGCUCCCUUCAUGCAGACUGUAACAACACAGUGGGCUCCUACCGUUGUGCAUGCAACCAGGGAUUUAUUGAUGUUGACCCCAGGAACCCUGGAGCCCAUUGCACAGCUGACGUCGGGGCGACAACCACCACAGAGCCCCUGCUUACCUCCCUUACACCCACAAAAACAGACCCUCUGAGCAUGAACUCAACCGUAGAGCCACCUCUGCAGACAACAGAAUGUUCGCCUCCCCGCAUCACCAACGCGUGGUCAGCUAACGUUACUGCAACCUCCUUCCGCGUCUACUGGUCGAGCCGAUGUCAGACGGUCCAGACAUACCAGGUUGUUUUGAGAAGAAGGUCAGAGGUUGUUCAGUCUUGGAUGACCAACCAGACCUUGGUGGAGAUGAAGGACCUGCAGCCAGGGGCGCUCUACAACGUUAGCAUCACGCCGUGUUCCUGCAGAAGCCAAGGAGUCGCCCUUGGUAUAUCGAUCAAGACUGAUGCUCGGACUCUCGAUGCCACAGCGCGACUCACCAACAUCCGGUUCACUGAUGAUCUACUCAACACCAGCAGCCAGGCCUACGAAAACCUCACUGAGAGCAUCAUGGCGGAGAUCUACCAGACUCUGUCUCCAGAGAUGAAGGCCAUGGUGGAUUCCGGCCAGGUCAGAAUCGACAUCAGAAGCUUUUCCCCGGGAAGUGUGGUGGUCAACUUCACCAUUGUCUUCGCCCCCAGUCAAAGCCAAGACAUCGAUAAUAUGUCCACAGCUCUGCUGCACUCCCUGAUGAACAGCACCAAAUACACAGUGGAUAAAAACAAGACAGGAACGAAUGAUUUUAAUGAAUGUGCUUCAGGGGAAAAUGACUGUUCUCACUGGGCUACAUGUACAAACGCCUGGGCCUCCUACACAUGUUCUUGCCGGCAUGGAUUUAUUGACAAUAACCCAGAAAGGCCUGGGCGAGCCUGUCAAGAAAUUGCCACUGCCCCACCAACCAACAUUACUGACCCUACAGCCAACAUUACUGACCCAACAGCCAACAUUACUGACACAACAACCAACAAUACUGACACAACAACCAACAUAACUGACCCAACAACCAACAUUACAACCAACAUUACUGCCCCACCAACCAACAUUACUGACCCAACAACCAACAUUACUGACCCAAUAACCAACAUUACUGCACCAACAACCAACAUUACUGCCCCACCAACCAACAUUACUGCCCCACCAACCAACAUUACUGCCCCACCAACCAACAUUACUGCACCACCAACCAACAUUACUGCCCCACCAACCAACAUUACUGACCCAACAACCAACAUUACUGACCCAAUAACCAACAUUACUGCACCAACAACCAACAUUACUGCACAAACAACCAACAUUACUGACCCAACAACCAACAUUACUGCCCCACCAAUCACCACUACUACUCCUAUAACAUCUACUGCCGUAACAACCACCACUACAACCACAGCUACUGCAAUGAUAUCCAAAACGUCUACCUCUACAAUCACCGUUGCCAGCCCCACUACCACCAUUUCAGCUCCUGUGACCCCCGCUACUUUCAUUAGAGCUGCCAAGAAUAUCUUGAUGAUGGGGGCCAUCUCAGUCCAGUGCAGGGUUGCUGCCAUCACUGUGACAGUUGCCAAAGACUUUCUGGUGAGCAACAAGAUCAGGGAGCAAACUCUGUACUUGGGCUUGCGGGAUUGUACCGUCAAUGGAGGCAACACCAGCCAUGCCCAGCUGACUGUGGCCUGGAAUGAGUGUAAUACCAGUCUAGUGCAUAAUGAAACCUACUACACGACAUCUGUAACCCUUUUCAACAUCAUGGACAUGUACACGUCAGACAGCGGAGAAGUGGAGGUACCCAGAAUACGGUUGGAGGCUCCCAUCAUAUGUACCUACACGAAGAGCAUGCUCAUCUCUACUGACUUUGGCUCCAUGGGGUAUGACAUAAUCAACGAUUUCAUCACCGGCUCGGGGUUGUUCCAGGUGACAGUGCAGCUGACGAACGGUAUAAUGCUUCUACCCAAAAACCACAGCUUGUCAUCUGACGAGACUGUGGUGGUGGAGGUCAGCCUCAACACCUCUUCAGAGCAGAUGAAAGUAGUCAUCAACAAAUGCUGGGCCACUCCCACUCCCACCCCCACCCAAAACCCCAAAGACACCUUCCUGGAGAACAGCUGCUCCCUGAACCCAUACACCAACGUGUUGAUGAACGGCAACUCCAGCACAUCUCGUGUGUCCGUGCAGAUCUUCUCCAUCGUCAACCUGGAUGUGAUCUAUCUGCACUGCCUGGUCCACAUCUGUGUGGAGACUGGAUCAGAUACCUGUGUGCCUGACUGUCAAACAAUGCAAAGAACAGCUCGGUCUUCAAAAACCAUUGGAACAGCUGUCGGUUCUUCUGGGGCUCUGCUGAAGUUAAAUGACGAGUCCUUGGAGCAGGGAAUUGGCACUCUCUAUGUAGCCGGCCUCUCCUGUCUCGGAAUCGGCCUGACGCUCUUCGUCAUCAUCGGUUUCGUCUGCAUUUUCUACUUCCACAGGAACCGCAUUGGACACUACAACUUCAGCGUGAAACCCAAGCAGGAGACCUUCACCUACAUUGUCUUUAACACCUGAAGGUGCAGCGGCACCCUCAACCAAAGUCACUGAAUUAGAAAAGAGAAGCUAUCUUGCAGCAGACCAAUUUGGUCGGCCAUUACAAGUACAGCUGCCACUGGGGGGCGCUGUUGCACCAUUCACAUAUUAGCUGUAAUGAAACAUAUUAAACAAAGAAUGGAAUGCAGAUUUAUAUUUAUAUUGCAUGUCCCCAUAACAUAUAUUUAACUUAAUUAAAUGAUAAAGUAGUUACAUACUGGAAUGAAAGAAUACACAUUUCUACACAUUUUAAAAGGUAAACGUUUCGGUUUUGAACGUUCACAGAAGCAAGAGAUAUGAUGGUACUUGAUAGAAAAUAUGAAUUCAGAAUAUUUCACUACAUGCUUCACAUCAAAAACUGUAAUGUAAUGAGUGCACUAAACUAGAUUGUGUCGUAUAUCUUUUGUCUAAAUAAUCCUUUUCAUGUUUAAUACUACUCAA